AUGUUUCACGACUGGGACUAGUAAGUGAAUGCAGUGUAAAAGGAGCAGUAAAGGCAGGUGUGACUACAGCAGGGAAAAAAACCUGUUUGUGAUACCUCUGUUGUGCUAACUUCCUGGAUCACUUUUAUACUGACCAUAGUUCUUGGUUCAUCGUUCUGACUCCUUUUUCAAGCUUCGAGAGGCAUUCUACUUCUCUUUUUUUAUUGCUUUUCCUCGGUGAGAAUGGCAAGAAUUCGGAUUCCUAGCACAAUCGUUAUACUUUUUAUUAUGGUUCAGACUGGAUUCUUACUCUUCAUGUAUGCCCGGUACAGUAGCUUCAUGCCUCAGUCUGAGGAGAAACCAUCUCAAGUCCACAUCCUCAUUCUCUCCUCCUGGCGGUCGGGAUCUUCUUUUGUCGGUCAGCUUUUCAGCCAGCACCCCAGCGUCUUCUACCUGAUGGAGCCCGCAUGGCACGUGUGGGUUACGAUGUACCAGAACAGUGCCAAGGUCUUGCACAUGGCAGUGCGGGACCUAGUCAGGUCGGUCUUUCUGUGUGACAUGUCUGUGUUUGAUGCUUACAUGCCUUGGAAAAGAAACUUAUCCGAUCUUUUCCAGUGGGCAGUGAGUCGGGCCCUGUGUUCAGCUCCUGCUUGUGACUCCUUUCAGCGUACUGACAUAACCAGUGAAAUGGCGUGCAAGACUCUUUGUGGACGGUACCCAUUCAGCAAGGUGGAGGAAGCCUGUAAAACGUACAGCCAUGUUGUCAUCAAGGAGGUUCGAUUCUUUGACUUGAAGGUCCUCUACCCACUUCUCACUGAUCCAUCCCUGAAUCUCAAAAUUAUUCACUUGGUCCGUGACCCCAGGGCAGUCGUGAAGUCACGGGAACAAUCGGUCAAAGCAUUAGCCCGUGACAAUGGAAUUGUUUUGAGUACCAACGGCACUAAAGUGGAAGACAGCAAAUACAAAGUAAUGCAAGAGAUUUGUAGAAGUCAUGUUCAGAUUUAUGAAACGGCUACUCUAAAACCACCUAAUUUCCUUAAGGAUCGCUAUUUAAUGAUCCGUUUUGAAGAUCUGGUCAGAGAUCCAUUAUCAGAAAUCUCAGAAAUGUAUAAAUUUGCAGAUCUUAGUUUGACCCCCAUGCUCAAAAGCUGGAUCUAUAAUAUCACACAUGGGCAGGGACCAGGGAAAAAAAAAGAAGCCUUCAAAAUCACAUCUCGAGAUGCAGUUAGUGUUUCGCAGGCCUGGAGAAAUGUUCUUUCCUUCCAGAAAAUUAAGAAAAUACAGGAAGUUUGCAAAGGUGCUAUAAACAUGCUUGGCUAUCAGCUGGUGGAUUCAGAAAAAGAACAAAGAGAUCUGUCAUUGGAUUUAGUGUUGCCAAGACGGCAAAAUCAAUUCAGUUGGUCAUCAUUUAAUCCAAAGCACUGAGAUGUUAUUUUUGAGAGAUCG